AUGUCGAUCACUAAAGCAUCGCAUCUUGUCUUCAACUUUGCAUUAACACUUCUACUGUUCGUGUCUCUUGCUCACGCCGCAGCUUCCAAACCGACUACGGAAUGUCCGGUCCAAUCCAUCUAUCAAUUCGGAGAUUCUAUUGCCGACACCGGAAACCUCAUCCGCAACGGUCCUGUCGGAGCCAGAUCUCACGCAGCCAGAUUCCCUUAUGGCCAGACGUAUUUCCACCGAGCCACUGGUCGUUGUUCCAACGGUCAGCUCAUGGUCGAUUACUUGGCGCGCACGCUUCGGCUCCCUCUUGUCAACCCUUAUCUCGGCGGCAGAAACACAAGGUCAGGUUUCAAGAACGGUGUUAACUUCGCUGUGGCUGGAAGCACCGCCCUCAACAGCUCCUUCUUCGCCGCGAGAAACCUCCACGUUCCCACAACCAACACGCCUCUCAGCACUCAGCUCGCGUGGUUCAAGACUCACAUGCGUUCUUCGGUGUGUCGCGGUGUAUCUUCUUCCGAUUGCUUGAAGCGGUCGCUUUUCAUGAUGGGUGAGAUCGGAGGCAAUGACUACAACUACGGUUUCUUUCAAGGAAAGCCCAUGCAAGAAGUCAGAAGCUACAUCCCUCACGUGGUUGGAGCCAUCACAUCCGCGGCUAGAGAAGUGAUCCGAGCAGGUGCGGUUAACGUUGUCAUCCCGGGAAAUUUUCCGGUGGGAUGUUUUCCGAUAUACUUGAUGUCUUUUCCCGUGUACGAUCCAAGAGCUUACGACGACAAAGGAUGCUUGAAACAUCUCAAUGGAUUCGCCAUGGAUCACAACAACCAACUCCAAGAGGCUGUAGCGUCUUUGAAGAUGGAGUUUCCUAAUGUGGUUAUAGUUUACGGAGACUACUACAACGCGUUCCAAUCUGUUCUGCGUCUGGCCUCUGCUUUAGGGUUUGACGAGAGAGUAGCUUUGAGAUCGUGUUGCGGGAUCGGUGGAGCUUACAACUACGACGGGAAGAGGCAGUGCGGAGCAUUAGGAGUGCCGGUAUGUCCGAGUCCAGACAAGUUCAUAAGCUGGGACGGAGUCCACUUGACGCAAAAGGCCUACAGACACAUGUCUAAGUUCUUGAACAAGAACAUUCUUUCACAGAUAAAGUGUACUUAG